ACCAUCUCUUCCAUUUCUAAACCAUUGCUGUGGGAUUUCAACACAUUCCAUGGCUACCCACAAAAUUCUUAGUAUUGCUUUCUUUGUGUUAUUGGGAUUAGGCUUAUGUUCUGCAACUAGAGCCCUUCUCACUCUUGAAGGAGGUCUUGGCUAUGGUGAAGGCCAUGGCAUUGGUGGCGGUGGUGCUGGCGGUGGUGGAGGUGUUGCUGCUGGAGGCUAUGGUGGUGGAGGAGGCUCAGGUGGUGGUGCUGGUUAUGGAGGUGUAGGAGAACAUGGAGGUCCUGGAUAUGGAAGUGGCGGUGGAGGUGGUAGUGGUGGUGGUGCCGGAUAUGGUGGUGAACAUGGUGCAGUAUACGGUGGUGGUGGCGGUGGCGGCAAUGGUGGUGGAGCUGGUUAUGGUGCUGGUGGAGAGCAUGGUGCUGGAUAUGGAAGUGGGGGUGGUACAGGAGGUGGUGGUGGGUACGGCGCUGGAGGGGAACAUGGUGGUGGUGGUGGAAGUGGUGGUGGAAGUGGCGGUGGAGCUGGUUAUGGUGCAGGUGGAGCGCAUGGUGGCGGUUAUGGCGGUGGUGAAGGAGGUGGCAGUGGUGGUGGCUAUGGUGCUGGUGGAGGACACGGUGCCGGAUAUGGUGGAGGAGGUGGCAGUGGUGGUGGCUAUGGUGCUGGUGGAGAACACGGUGCCGGAUAUGGUGGAGGAGGUGGCAGUGGUGGAGGCGGUGGUGGAGGUUAUGGUGCUGGAGGAGCAGGCGGUGGCGGGUAUGGGAGUGGUGGAGGAGCCGGUGGGGGUGCAGGAGGGGAGCAUGGUGGUGGAUAUGGUGGAGGUGGUGGCGGUGGCUCUGGCGGUGGAGUUGGUUAUGGUGCUGGAGGUGAACAUGGAGGUGGAUAUGGUGGGGGUAGCGGCGGUGGCGCGGGCGGUGGUCAUGGUGGCUACAUCCCUUGAGAAUACAUCCUUACUUCCUCAUUGUCCUAAAAAGAUGUCUCCCUUCUUACUAUAUUAUUAAGAACAAAAUAAGAUAUAAUCAAGUUGAGAGUAUGUUUUUAAGUACUACUUAUGAAGGAUGCAGGCUAAAGGGUGGCAUCAACUUGUAAUGUUGUUCUCGAACGAUUAAUUAAAUUAAGAUUUGGUGCAUGCUCAUAA